AUGUCGAGCGCAUUCGCUGAGGCUGGCGCGUUGGAGAGGGGAACCAACACCAGUCAGGCACCACCAAUUGUUGUUGAGGCAAUGGCACCUGAGGUAGACGAAAUUGGCAACGGCAGUAAUUCCCAUGAACCGGGCUCGACUACGAUACCGUCUUCGACUGACGAAGAUGAUCUAGAUCCAGAACGCGAUACUGGGCAAAUUGGCCUUGCCCGGCUGAAAAGCUUCGACAGCCGCUUCAACUUCUAUCCUGCCUUUCCGACAGGUAGCUCAUUGGUUGUGGACUCCCUCGCUUGGGAUAUCCAUCGUAUCAUGAUGGAUAUGGAGGCCCAAAGGAAGAAGAUCAAGGCCAAGCACCAUGUCGAGCCCUGCGGCCUGAGGCGAGGAAGGCAAGACCGUAAGAAAUGGAACAAGAUGACGAUGAAGCUUCGGCGGAAGAUGAAAGAAUACAACCUCGCCUUCGUCAACGCGAAAACGGUGAACGAAUAUGAGCGCCCGCGAGAAGAAGCUCUAAAGAACCUGCAGGAAUGGCUGAACAAGCAAGACAACGCACUGCGCCACUUGUAUAACGACCAAGAUGCCGAUGCCUUUCGUAUGCUCGGUCCCAAACGAGGUCCCAUAGAGAGGUUCGUCCAUGAGACCUUACCAGCCGCCGGCCCUACAGGAUUUCUUCUGGUGAGAAGUCAAUGA